AUGAUUAGAAUAAUAGGUGUAAUCCCGACGGCAACGGGUAUAUUCCUGGGCGGAGUAUUUAUCCGUAAAUGUCUUCCCGGACCCCGACUUCUCACUUCUCUCAUAACAAUUGUUGAGUUGUUUGCAGUAAUGGGUAUGUUAUCCGCCCUUUUCCUCGGAUGUCCUGAAUCUCAAUUUGAUGGCACUUCAGGGGACACACAUUUUGAGAUGCAGUCGAUGUGUAACGACAACUGUUUUUGUUCGGAAACCAAAUUCCAGCCGAUUUGUGGAAUAAGUAACAUAAUCGGAAAUCUGGCCAAAACUGGCAAUAAUAUCGUUUCAUUAAGAAUCGUAGACGAAGAAGACAAAACAUUCAUACCAUAUCCUCUGAUAUACGGAGCAGUGAUCGACGCCUCGUGUCUAAUAUGGGAGUCGAAGUGUGGCCACAGAGGGAACUGUUGGGUAUACGACACAAACAAAUUCAGGCGUAAUCUUCACGGACUAACUCUCGGACUCUAUUUUACGGGAAGUCUCUUCGAUAUAAUCGUUAUAUUUCUGUCGAAGAGAAUCAAAAAUUUAUACAACGAUGAGAUCGACGAACAAGAAAUGCAAAGUCCUGUCAAUCAAAAACUCAGCGCAAAUUUAAUUUAA